UUUUAAUUAAUUCAAUAUGAAUUCUCAACUUGAUAAGAAUUCUGAUCAAGAUAAAGGCCAGAUUUAUACUAAUCCGAUUAUCCUACGACAGAGAAUGCAACGCCCAAAGACUAGUGGAGCGAGGAGCAGUAUGAGAAACUCGCAUACUGAGAACUGCACUUUGAAGCAAUACUCAACCAACAAUAUAGCGUGGAUGGGUCCUACUGAUGCUAAACCUGGCUGUUCAAGUACUUCUGUUAAAUCUCUUUCAAGAGAAAAAUUACGUGAGAAAAUAAAGAAGCUUGCCUCACUUUCGACAGACUAUAAGUCAAUUUCAGCUCUGGCAAAGAAUAAGACUCAUUUGCAGUCAAAGCUGGCGUGAAAGACCAAACUUAUUAAGAUAAAUCCUUUUGGGGAUAACAGAGUAGUUCAGCAUCCUUUCUCUGGUGGAAAAAGAGACGUAAAUGUUAUGAAUAACACUUCAUUAUUCCGAAAUACGACCAAACUGAAAGGAACUUCAGGAGAGUCUGUAUUAAUAAAUGAUGAUACUCAGCCGCCUAAUACCGCUAAUAAGUUAGCACAAACUUUACUUACUGAGAAAGAAUCAAAUACUCAGGCAGUUCAGAUCCUAGAUUGAUCAUUUAGUUCUAAUUUUCCUUUCUUUUCAAGGGAGACAAGCAAGGAAGAUCUUCAGAACCAGGUACAGAAGGAUCAGGAAUUGACUUCCCGAGCUAAGACUCCUGCAAUUGAGAGCCAUCAGUCACAAAGGAUCAAUCGGAUUAACUCAAUGUCUCCUAAAGGUAUCCUGAAAAAGCCAAAUACAGCCCAAGUUGGGAUGAACAAGAGAGUUCAUUACCCAAGGAAGCUCAAUACUAGUAAAGAUAGCUCAUUCCAUAUGAAUAAUCCUCAGAUAGAAAAUGUGAGCCAGUCAUCUUAUUUUAACAGUGUUCGUACUGAUAGGAAUAAUGACCCGAACAGUGAGGCUAAUAAGCUUAAAAGGAAGGUAUUCAAGAAUGCCAAGCAGAGGCAGAAGCAACGCAAGAUGGAUCAUUGCACUUUGAAGCAUAUCCUCCAAUACAAAAAUGCAUUCAAAUCAUAUAACACUGUACUUUUCAGAAACAGAGUUUUGGAUGUAAACAAGCAGAAGAAAAGCAUUGUUAAGGAAGGGCUAACUAAAAUCGCUGAUUAUGACAACCAGGAGAUUUAUGUCCCUCCUGGAGGCACAAAUAACAUGACAAUUAUGAAUUCUCAUACCAGGAAGUCGUUCAAGUCUAUCGAUGUGACCAGUUCUGUAAAUAAGUUAGUUAAGAAAUCUGAAAUAAAUCCAGAAGUAGCAGCCUUGUACAAGAAAUAUGGUGUAUUUAGCAUGAUUACAAAGACAAGGCCUCAUUCUGGUUAUAAGGAUAAAAUUAAAAUAAAAGAGAAUCGGAUAGCAGCAGGGGCAGGUUUCAGAGGUGCUUAUCUGGUCAACAAGCAGAAGCUAAAGGUAAACCUCAAGCGGCCAGAGUCGAAGAGCACUGAUCACUUUGGGAGCAGGAAAUAAGAAUUGCCAGAUUCAUGAAAAAUUAAACGGACU